AUGGCAAACUCCGAGACGGCGCCCGAUGGCGCAUCCCUCGCCGCUAUGGCUCAACCACCCCCUCAGAAGAUCGACCCUGUCUACUACACAUGGAGCAGUACCUUCAAUAUAAUGCUCGGUCGCAUGACGGGUUCUCGCGAUAUCGAGUUAGAAAAGGGUUACUUCAGCGAAAUGGACAAGAUAAAGGCAGACUCGAUAUGCAAGCGGUGCGAGUCGAACAAAGAAUACCUACUACAAUACAGCCCCAUUAUACGCUUCAUGUCAGAUGAAGUAUACAAACUAGGAGGCGACCUGAACAAGGACAAUAUACUAUGUCGAAUGUGCACAAACGAGCAAUCGGGUGGUUUCUCCCUCGACCACGGCAUCCUCCUCUGCGCCAACAAGUUCCGCAAUCGUGGGCAUCAAGAAGAUACCAUGGCGCACGAGAUGGUUCACGCAUGGGACCAUUUGAAGUUCAAGGUCGAAUCCGACAACCUGCGGCACCAGGCUUGCCUUGAGAUACGCGCAUCCACACUUAGCGGCGAAUGUCGCUUCUCUAGAGAGUUCUUCACUCGGAAUCAAUGGCGCAUCACCGAACAACUUCAAUCUUGCGUGAGGAGGAGGGCGACGUUGAGUAUGAUGGCGAGGCCAGGGAUAAAAGACCAAGAACAUGCCGGCAAAGUCGUGAAUGAAGUCUGGGAUAGUUGUUUCCGGGAUACCAGGCCAUUCGACGAGAUAUAUCGAUAA